UGUCUGUAUUUUUUCACCUCACAGUUACUUCUCUCUCUGGAAUAAUUACCAAUCGCACAGCCUUGUUAGCACUCAUUCACUUAGACCUCUGGUAAUGCUUAACAACCAUCUUUCUCUUUUAGUUUUCAGAAUUGUGUUCCCUUCUGGUCCUGACCUAUCCAUCUCAGUUUCUUUUACGCCUAUUCUCCUAUUCUUAUAUCUAUCUAUCUAUCUAUCUAUCUAUCUAUCUAUCUAUCUCAGGACCCUCUUCUUUUCUUCUCCAUACUUUCUUGAUGAUCUCACUGGAUGCCAUGAGUUUAUCAUCUCUAUGCCGAUGAUUGCAGAUUUCAUUUAUACAUCUUUUAUAUACAAAUAUACACCAUCCUAUUAUCUCCCCUUAUCCAUAGGAACCUUCAAGUUAUAUCCAAAAGAACCUUUAUUAUCUUUUCUAAUCUCUGUCCUCUUUUUCUAACUUUCCCAUUUCUGUUUUAGGGUACAGUUUCUAGUCAUUCCAGUUUGUUCCCCUAGUCUUCCACUCAUCAAAAAAGCUGUCAACUCUAAUCAAUGCUACAGCUAUAACAUGAGAGACUUCAGAGAUUUCAGAGAGGCCUGGAGAGACUUACAUGAACUGAUUGAUGCUGAGUAAAAUGUGCAGAACCAGGAGAUCAUUGUACAUGGCACUAUCAAGAUUAUAAGAUGCUCAAUUCUGAUGGAUGCAGCUCUUCUCAACAUGGAUACCAGUUCCAAUGAUCUUAUAAUAAGAGCCAUCUACAACUAGAAAGAAGACUGUGGGAACUGAGUGGGAUCACAACAUAGCAUUUUCACUUAUGAUAGGCACUAUGUAUAUGCAAGCAGCAUUUAUUUUAUCCUUAGCUAGUACAAUGUCUGGCACACUGCAGACACCAUAUUACCAAGUUACCCCAUAUAAUUUGUAAAUUCAGCACUUGGCUAACACAAUGCUGGGACACAGUAGGUAAUAAAGAAAUAUUGGCUCUAUCUAUCUGGAUACCCAGAUUUUGCUUAGCACUAUGUGAAACACAACAGGUGCCAUGUAAAUGAUAGCCAUUAUAAUCUUUAAUCUCAGCACUACGUAACACAAUACCUGGCUCACGAUAAACGCAAUAUAAUUAUAUUUUGCAUAUAAUUUGUAGCCCAGCACUGACGAGCACAGUUCCUGGCUCACGGUAGGAGCUUAACGACUCCUCUUCGGACCUGCCCAGGUGCACGGAGCACUGGAAAGGAUUGAAGUAUUGAACCCAAGUCUUGCAGAAUCGAAUCCACUAUUUCACAACGCACCGAGCCUGUUUCUCCCUGGGCUCAGAGGUGCGGGAAAUCAAGGAAAGAGGAAACUAGGGUGGGGUGGGAGAUGGGGGUUAGGUGGGGGGGUGUAUUUUUCCCUCCCCCUCUCCUUUCCAAUAGGUGGCCGCAUUUCCUCUCGCAAUUAGUUGAAGCAAAAGAAACUUUUUUUCACCCCGCGCAGAUGAUCACAGCGAAACCGGGGCUGGGGAGGGUAAAGUUGGGGCGCUGCUCCACCACGGUCCUCCUCCCUCGCUUUCCGAGAGGGUUGAAGGAGAGGAGGAAAUAGCGGCCGGGCAGGCUGAGGGGGAGGUAACCACAGGGCUCUACGCUCACGAAUCCCGCGCCAGGUGUUUCUUACCUAUCUCCCUUCCCCCCCCUCCUCCCCCGCUCCAAGGAGCCGAGGAGACGAGAAAAGUCAACUCUACACACUAGUCCCACGGGAAACUUCUCCUUUUCUCACUGCAAGGAGCGCGGCUCGAGACGCUCCAGGGACGAUCCUCAUGCGCUUCAGACGCAGGGCAGCCCAUGCCGGGAACCGGACAGCUCCGUGUACUCGCUCAGGACUACAUUUCCCGGUAUGCGAUGCAUUCUGAGAAUCAGAGUCCUCAUUUCAUCUCCGGUCCCCUCACUUCGAACUCGGGUCGUAAAGCAUCGCCCCGCAGUCGUGAAAUGUAGGCUCAGCAUCCGGGACGCUGGGCCGAGCCCGGUUAAGAGGAGGGUGGCGCUUUAUACAUCCACUGGGUGGGAACCAUCGGGUCGCCUAGCAGCAACAGUUGCCGCUGCCGCCGCCGCCACCGCCGCCGCCGCCGCCGCCCUCAGGAAUAGACCCGCGGUGGAGGCGCAGCGCGGGAGCUGCAGCCUAAAUUGACAGAGAAGGGCGGGGGCUCUGCGGUACUUUCCCGCCAUCACCUCCAGACACUGGUCCAUAGACAACAGUGAAAGAAAUCAAGAUGCCUUUGGAUUGGAAAACAUUAUGGAGAGUUAACCCAGAUGACUUGCCUCGCCAAGAAGAAUUAGCAGAUGAUUUACUGGUUUCUCUAUCUAAGGUUGAAGUAAAAGACUUGAAAGAUGAAAAUCAAGAAAAUGUGGUCCAUCUUUUCCAAAUCACUCAAUCUUUAAUGAAGAUGAAAGCCCAAGAGGCGGAGUUAGCUUUAGAAGAAGUAGAAAAAGCUGGAGAAGAACAGGCCAAAUUUGAAAAUCAAUUAAAAACUAAAGUUAUGAAACUGGAAAAUGAGCUUGAGAUGGCACAGCAGUCUGCAGGAGGUCGGGAUACACGGUUUUUACGAGAUGAAAUUCGUGAGCUAGAAAAACAACUGGAGCAGAAAGACAGAGAAUUAGAGGAUAUGGAAAAAGAAAUGGAAAAAGAGAAAAAAGUCAACGAACAACCAAUCCGACAGUUGGCUCUUCGUAAUGAAGAGGCAGAAAAUGAAAACAGCAAAUUAAGGAGAGAGGUUGGCUUCUACCUUUGCUUAAGGGUGAAAUCUUGGGACUCUACUGCCAUACUUCCUCAGCUUGAUCCCCACUGGCAUAUGUCAGGCUCCUUGGAACUUAAGGAAAUUGCUGAUAUUGCCAAAACUCAAGUUGAAGCUCUGAGUUCACAUCAGCAGUCCAGAGAAAAGGAAGUGGAAUCUCUGAGAAUGCAGGUGUUAGACUACCAGGCACAGUCAGAUGAAAAAGCCCUCAUUGCCAAGUUGCAUCAGCAUAUUGUUGCAUUGCAAAUGAGCGAAGCCACUUCUGUUAGCAAGUUGGAGUCAGUGACUUCCCAGCUGCAGAAGAUGGAGACCUACAAAUUGCGUCUUGAGCAAAAGCUUGAUGAGAAGGAGCAGAGUCUGUACUUUGCCCGCCUGGAAGGGAGAAACAGAGCAAAGCAUCUGCGUAGCACCAUUCAGGCUUUGCGACGACAGUUCAGUGGGGCCUUGCCCUUGGCCCAGCAGGAGAAAUUUUCCAAAACUAUGAUUCAGCUCCAGAAUGACAAACUGCAAGUCAUGCAAGAAGUCAGGACUUGUCAGGAGGAGCGGAGAACCAUGGAAAACAAAACACUGGAGCUGGAAUUAAAGUUGAAAGGCCUCGAGGAGCUAAUAAGCACCUUAAAGGAUGCCAGGGGGGCCCAGAAGGUAAUUGGUUGGCAUAUGAAAAUAGAAGAACUUCAUCUUCAAGAACUCAAACUCAAUAGAGAAUUCGUGAAAGAUAAAGAAGAAAUAAAAUAUUUGAAAAAUGUAAUUUCUGAAUAUGAACGCACAAUUAGCAAUCUAGAAGAAGAGAUUGUACAACAAAACAAGAUUCAUGAAGAACAGCAGAUGACCUGGGAUCAAAGAGAGGUUGAGUUAGAACGUCAGCUGGAUAUAUUUGAUAGUCAACAAAAUGAAAUCUUGAACGCAGCACAAAAGUUUGAAGAGGCUACAGGAUCAAUACCAGACCCUAGGUUGCCUCUUUCAAGUCAACUUGAGAUAGCUUUGAGAAAAAUCAAGCAGAAUGUUCAAAAAAUCAUGGAGACUCAAGCAACUUGUAAAUUAUUGGAAGAGAAACUGAAGGAGAAAGAGUCUGCCUUACGGGACUCCGAACAAAAUGUUCUGUCAAGAGAUAGAAUAAUCAAUGAACUCAGACUCCGCCUCCCUGCAACAGCAGAAAGAGAGCGGCUCAUGGCCCAGCUCAAUAGAAAGGAAGAAGAGCCAGAGAGCCAUCGUGUAUUGAAAGUUGCUCACCAGGCCAUUGCCAACAUGCAAGCGAGAUUAAAUCAAAAGGAGGAGGUCCUAAAGAAAUAUCAGGAUCUGCUAGAAAAAGCCAGAGAGGAGCAAAGAGAAAUUAUUAAGAAGCAUCAGGAAGAUAUUUUCAUUCUUCAUCAAAAAUUAGACCUGCAGGCUGACAGUUCACUUAGCAAAUUCAAACAAACAGCUAUGGAGUUAAUGAAACAAUCUUCUGUACCAGUUGAUACCAGCAAGCAUUUUACGCGUCUGGCAGAAAUGGAACAAACUCUUGCAGAACAGGAUAAUUGUAUUUCUUCACUUUUGAUUAAAAUGAAGAAAAUGACACAUGAAAUAGACAAACAAAAACAAAUUACUUUAACCAAAGUCAAAGAAUUUGAAAGUACCAGAACCCGCCUUGAAGAAAAUCAUGCAGAGAUUGUGAAAAAACUGCAAGCUGAGAUAGAAGACUUAAAAUAUUCUAUGUCGCAGACAGAGAGAGAGUUGCAGCACUUUAAAUCUGAAGUACAGGUUCAGAAAGAAGCCAACACAAGAGCUCCAACAGCCACCAUGAAAAAUUUAGUAGAGCGGCUCAAGAGCCAAUUAGCCUUGAAAGAAAAACAGCAAAAAGCCCUUAGUCGAGCCCUUUUCGAGCUCCGAACAGAGAUGACAGCUGCUGCUGAAAAACACAUCAUUCUUUCUACAUCCAAGAAAAAGGAAAAUCUUAAUGUUCAAGAGAUUGUUGAUCACCACACUAGAGAUCUUCAGAUUCAUAUAGAAGAUUUAAAUGAAAAUCUUCUGAAAUGUAAAGAAGCUCUUAAAACAAGUAAAAGCAGAGAGGACUCUCUGAAUAAACAGUUAGAUUGCUUAAACAAUGAAAUGCAAAAAAAAGAGAAAGGUUAUCAUAAAAUACUUAGAGAAAAAGAAGAAUUGGAAAAAGAAUAUGAAAAAAUGAAAAAGCUAAUUAAAACCUUUGGAUUGCAGUCUGGAAGAAGUGGCAAGACAAUUCCUGAACUAGAAAAAAUUGUAGGUUUAAUGAAAAAAGUUGUGGACAAAGUCCAGAAAGAAAAUGAAUAUUUGAAACAAGCAUCCGGAAUAAUGACAAGUGAGAAAAUGUCUGCUCUUGAGCUUGAAAAUAAAAAUUUGAAGAGUGAAUUAGAAAAGCUGAAGCUUCAUCUUGGACGUCAACUAAGCUUGCAAUAUGAGUUUAAUGCUAAAGGUCCAGAGAAUGUCAUGGCUGAAAUUGACAGUCUUCGUAAAGAACUUAAAAAAAAGGUAGAAACUUCUGAGAUGUUACGGAUGGAAAAAAAUAACUUGGAGAUAUCAUUCGAGAAGCUAACAGCUGAGCUCGAAGAGAUGAGAAAGAGGAUGCAUCAGAUUGAAAGCAGAAAUCUACCUUUGGAACGGGUUGAAAGGCAGAGUUUGAAAUCAGUCAUUGACACAAGGUUAACCACUGAUGUAGAAAAGACAAAGACCAAAUUAGUUCAUCAAGCAGGAACUAGUCAAGAACAAAUUGAAGAGGAAAAUGUUGUUUCUGGACAAUGAACAUUUGGACCUGCCAUCAAUUCAAGUUGUGACUCUACUACUAAGAACUUUAUAACUAUGCAACUCACCCAGUAAAUCUCAGAGGUCUCUCAAAGUGUAAAGAGAAGUUUAUUUGAUUCACAUGAGAAGCAGGCAGUCACUCUCACCAUAUGGAGAGGUGAAAGUGAGGGUUCAGAGCGGGAUAGAAGGAUGGUCUAAUUUCCCCUGAGACAAUACUAACCCUCCCCACUGGCUCAACCUCAAUGACUGAGAAUGUGACUUUACAUUCUAAGCAGGAAAACUACAGCUAAUGGGGAAACAAACCAUAGAUUCAAAUUUAAACAAAAACAUUCCUUUUACUGACUGAGAUAUGUACUUUCAUUAUAUGAGAGAUAACGGUUGCAUCAAUCUGCUCCACAUUCUGUCAGACCUGAUCUCAUAGCUUGGUUAAUUUAUAAUUCCACUCAAAGCCAUCAAAGCAAACUAGAGAAUUUGUUUCCACCAACUCCCAUUAAACCAGGAUCACCAUAGGUUGUUAAAGAAAGAGUUCUAAGUUAGUACUGAAACAUGCACCAGUUUCCUAAUACCUAAUUGCUAAUUCCUGAUUUCUUUCAUUAUUUGUCCAUUAUCAUCAAUUUUGAUACAACAGCUCAUUAAAGAUUCAGUUUCCCAUAUACUCCUCCUCCUCAGCUAAUAA